AUGGGACAAUUCCUUAGAAUGGAGAAAACUUUAGCAAAUUCUCAUGCGCUAUCAUCCGAAUAUUCUAAGGUUCUAUUCGAAUAUUUGACUCUAGAACAUAUGGAGCUGGCCCCACCAGUUGAAAUACAUGAGAAUUCUCGAUAUUCCUCCUUUUACUUACCACAUCAUGCUGUAAUAAGACCUGAGAGCGCAUCCACCAAAGUAAGGGUGGUUUUUAACGCUUCCAAGAAAUCUUCCACCGGCGUUUCUCUAAAUGACAUUUUGUGUACCGGCCCGACUCUUCAAAAUGACUUAAUGAAUGUAAUACUACGCUGGCGAUUCUACAAAUAUGUUUUCAAUGGCGACAUCGAAAAGAUGUAUCGCCAAAUUUACAUUCAUGAAGAUGACAGGCCAUUCCAAAAAAUACUGUUUCGGAAAUCGUCCUCUGAGGAAAUUCAGGACUUUUAUCUGAAAACUGUUACAUUUGGUGUAAACUGCGCACCUUAUUUAGCAAUACGAACGUUAUUGCAACUGAGUGAAGAGGGGAAGGCUACGCAUCCAAAAGCUGCAGACAUUCUUCAGCAUCAAAUUUAUGUAGACGAUAUAUUGUCUGGCGGGCACACAGUAACAGAAGCGCGAACCUACAUUUUGGAGCUGAUAGAUUUGUUAAGUUCUGCUGGAUUCCCAUUAAAGAAAAUGACUGCAAAUCACCCUUCGAUACUCCAACAUUUACCCCCCGAGGAUCUUCUAACCGAAGACUUUUUAAAAUUUGAGGAGACCAGCGAAACAAAAACGUUAGGCAUACGAUGGAAUGCCAUGACUGAUCAAUUUUUCUAUAAGAUAACGAAUAUAUCUGUUCCUUCGUCCCCAAUAACCAAGAGGAAAAUCUUGUCAAUUGUUGCAAAGCUUUUCGAUCCAGCAGGCUGGCUGUCUCCAAUCAUUGUAUUGGCUAAAAUUCUAAUGCAGCAACUUUGGAUAGAUGGGACCGAAUGGGAUGAGGAGGUCAAACCGCAUUCUUUAGAAAAAUGGGAUAUAUUCAUAUCUAAUCUCCCCGAGAUAGAAAACUUGAAAAUCCCUCGUUGGAUACGUUACUCUCCUGAGGGCAAGAUUCAAAUGCACGGAUUUUGUGAUGCCUCAGAAAAGGCGUACUGUGCCUGCAUUUACGUUAUAACAACGUCUGCUACUAAUGUUACAACUUCAUUCUUAUUAGCGUCUAAAAGCAAGGUAGCCCCAUUGAAGACAAUCAGUUUGCCAAAGUUAGAGCUUUGCGGGGCAAGAUUAUUAUCCAAAUUGACAAAAUCUGUUUGUCAAAAUCUAAGCUCAACUGUAUCUGAAAUAUAUCUGUGGUCUGAUUCCACAAUUACCUUGGCUUGGUUACAAAAGCCUCCGUUUCAUUGGAAAACAUUUGUAGCCAACAAGGUUUCUGAAAUCUUGGACAACGUUGGUAACGUCAGCUGGAGACAUGUUCCAACUAAUGAAAAUCCGGCCGACAUAGGCACUCGUGGAUGUACCGCAACCAAACUUAAUGAAAAUCCUUUGUGGUGGCAUGGCCCACCUUGGCUAGUAAAAUCGACGGAAUAUUGGCCAAAACAAACCACGUACAAAGAACCAACACUGGAAAGGAAAAUUGUGGUGUGUCAAACACAAGUUCAUGCACAAGAGGUACUAGAACGGUUUUCAUCUUUGGAUCGAGCACUACGAGUCAUUUGUUUUAUGUUUCGAUUUAUUCGAAAAUGUCAGAAACGAUAUGAUGGCCAUAUCCAAGCUAAUUUUAUUACAUCUCAGGAAAUUCAUUUUGCGAAAUACAGACUGAUCCAACUCGCCCAGAUGUCACACUUUCCUGCAGAAUAUCAGGCCGUAGAAUCUCGCCAAGCCAUAAAUUCUAAAAGCAGGCUUUUGACACUGAACCCGUUUUUAGAUGAAGGUGGACUGUUGCGUGUCAACGGCCGCCUAGCGAAUUCGGACCUGAGUUACAAUGAGCGCUUUCCCAUAAUACUGCCUGAAAAUUCGAAAUUUUGUAAACUAUUUAUCGAUUUUACGCACAAAAUCCUAUUACAUGCUGAACACCAAACCAUGCUGCGUAACAUUCGGCAAGAGUUUUAUGUUAUUCGCUUGAAAAGUGCAAUACGACACUGCGUUCGAAACUGUAAGAUAUGCACUGUGUACAAGCACAAGGUUAGAAACCAAAUAAUGUCUGCCCUACCCGCUGAAAGGUGUACUUUCUCUUUACCUUUUACUCACACGGGAAUCGAUUUUGCUGGACCAUUCGAAUUAAAGACGUCCAAAAUUCGAAACGCCAAACUACAAAAGGGUUAUGCUGCAAUUUUUGUUUGCUUAUCGACGCGUGCUGUUCACUUAGAGGCCUGUUCGGAUUUAUCGACUGAAGCUUUCCUCUCCACUUUUAAUCGCUUUGUAGGAAGAAGGGGUUUUCCUAAAAAGGUUUUUUCCGACAACGGAACUAACUUCAUAGGUGCAAAUAGAACCCUUGUGAGGGAGUUCAAGGAAUUUCUGAAAGCUUCUGAAAAAUCUGUUAUUGAGAAAUAUGGUAUGCAUGGGUUUUCUUGGCACUUCAUACCGCCCCACGCUCCACAUAUGGGAGGCUUGUGGGAGGCGGCUGUGAAGAGUAUGAAAACACAUUUUCGAAAGGUUGCCUCGAACAUGAAGUUCACAUUUGAGGAGUUUUCCACCCUUUUAGUGCGAAUUGAGAGUGUACUGAACUCGCGACCACUGUCUCCUAUCAGCGAAGACCCCACUGAUCUUAUUCCACUGACUCCUGGCCACUUAAUUAGAGGGGCCGCUUUGAUGGCCAUACCUGAGGAAUACUCAGAUAAUUUAUCGUUGAUGAAUCGUUGGCAAAGACUGAAAACUUUGCAAAUACUGUUUGCUAAGAGGUGGAAAAAUGAAUAUGUAUCAGAAUUACAAAGAAGAUACAAAUGGAAGACUACUCAGCUUAAUUUGGAAAAAGACGAUUUUGUUGUCGUCAAAGAUGACAAUCUUCCCCCCACGGAGUGGUGUCUGGGAAGAGUAUUAAAAGUUUUCACUGGAAAAGACUCCAAGGUUCGUGUUGCGGAAAUACGCACACAGAAUGGAACACUUAUUCGUCCUUUAGUUAAACUAUGCAUUCUACCCAAAGCCUAG